AUGGAUGUUAAUAAAGAUUUUUGGGAAGAUUUAAUUGAAUUAUAUCGAAAUCAUUCAUGCCUCUGGAAUGUGAAAUGUAAAGAUUACUCUAAUAAAAUUAAACGAAAUUCAAGCUACGAAAUACUAUUGAAAAAACUUAAAGAAAUAUAUCCUGAAGCUACAACAGAACUUCUAAAAAAAAAGAUUAAUAAUAUUCGUACAACAUUUAGGAGGGAAUUAAAAAAAGUAGAGAGUUCCAUGUGUACUGGAUCAAGUACAGAAAAUGUUUAUGAGCCUUCUAUAUGGUAUUAUGAUUUACUGUACUUCACUGCUCAAUGGUAUAAAUGUGGUAUAUUCAAUUUAUUUGAUUCCAAACGUUUGCAAAGUCCGGUUUCCUUCCAUAUACCUCCAUCUGAUACGCGCCCAUUUGUGCCCAUAUGA